UUAUGCGCAUGCGUACAGCAGUGAGACGGCGCAAUCUGUCACGUAACGUCAACUCGUGUGUUGAUAUUUAGAUACAAACAAGAGAGAAGGAACAUCGUCACCUUGCAACUUUCGCGACCAUAUAGCCAAGCCAAGCAUGGCAUUAAAUGUCUGCGCUAGGCUCACGAGGGGCGUUCUCCGAGUUUUAGCGAGCAGAAAUGUUACUCCUGUCACAAGACCGCUGGCUUCAUGCUGGAUACAUUUACGAUGCGUACAGCAUACCCGUGUUAUGCGUUACGAGCGUGCGAUAUUGCGACGCUUCAGCUCAUCGAGCCAGCCUUCAACAGACGUGUCAUAUGAGCAGCUGAAGAAACUGCUAGUAUCCCGGUCCGGUGUGGUUAUAGACGUCCGUGAACCAUGGGAACUCCGGGAGUACGGGAACAUACCGGGAUCCAUUAACGUACCCUUGGCACAAGUAAAUGGAGCUCUCCAGCUCAGUCCUGAGGAGUUCAAAGAGAAAUAUGGUGGAAACAUGCCAUUACUUUCCCAAAGUAUUGUUUUUUCCUGCCUAGCUGGUAUAAGAAGCAAAACAGCAUUGGAAACAGCAGUGUCUUUAGGAUACACCAAUGUCCUCAAUUAUCCUGGUGGGUGGAAAGACUGGGCAGAACAUGAAAUAAUACAAACCAAAGAGUGAUCCUCACGAUAUUGUCAUGGUAACACUGUGAAAGGAAUUUAAUUGACCUGUAUUAAAAUCUGAUUUAAGCUAAAUCAGAGUUUAAUGAAUGUGCCACUAAGACAGAAUGGUUCGCCCAUUUUAAGCCUAAGAGAUGUGAGCAGUGUGGAGUCCACAACGACAUUUCAUUUCACAUAUAUUCAAAUGAAAUAGAAAGUACAGAGGCUUACAAUGUACACAAUUCUUUCUGACUAAUACAGUAUGCAUAGUGCUUUUGUACUGUAGCCUAAUGUAACUGUAAUAAAUAUUUUGGGAAGGAAAUCCAAAUAGUUUUUGAAAACUGAGUUUUAUAUACUUAAAAAUAAAACUUUGACACUGGA